GAAGAAGAUUUAGAAUCAUUUAGUUUAAAAUAGAAUUGAAUACAAUGAGAUGAUCAGUUCAUUGCAAGCUGUUAGCAAAAGUGUCUUUAUUAUUGGCGAAUAAAAGAUUUGAUAUUCAUAUAUAUUUGGUUUGAUUUUAAAAAUUGUAAAUUUGAAUUGUUCGGAAGUUUUUUGAAUUUUAACAUAUUGCAUUUUUGCAGAUAAUAAUAUAAUAAAUUUGGAUUAAUUCUUGAUACAUAUUACUCCGUGAUAAUUCUUUGUUCGUUUUAAAAACUGUGUUUAAUUUAAUUGAAAAAAGAAUAAAUUGUGUUUAGUUUAUAAUUAAAUUAUAUAAUUAAAAUCCACAUAAUGGAAUUAGCUUAUUUGUUUGUAUCAUUUUUAAAUGAUGUUGAAAUACCGUGAUUGUUGAACACACGACAAUUUUGUUCAUGGAAAAAACAUGUCGAAUUUCGCGUAGAUUUUCGAAUCUCGUAAAUAAAAAAAGUUUAGUAGAAUUCUGAAACUUAGAACUUUAUAUAAGUGUAUUCGCUUGCAUUCAAUGUAAUAUAUUUUGAGCUAUAUCCAGAAGAAUCUUGAGAGAUUGAUAAACGACCAAUUUGUAAUACAUAUAGUAAUUUAUAUGUAUUUAAAUUUCUUUAUGAAAUUGUUCAACUUGACGUGAAACAAAGAUAAUAAACUUUAACACUUGACUGUGCGCAUAAUAUGUGUUUUCCAUUUCUUCUGUUCACGUGCCGACUUCUCGAAUCGUGAAUGAUUCGUAUUCUUAAAUUUUUUAAUUAAAAUCGUAUUAAAAAACAAAAAAUCCAUCGUCGUAUCAAGCAUGAUUUUAUGAUUUGAACUCUGAACUAUAUGAUAAAAGAGCUUAACUCAAUUAUGAUUGGUCGUUGGAGGUAUAUUAAGUAAAAUAUAUACAAAUAAAAAUAUAUAUCUAUAGACAGAAAUUGUUAAACAUUUAAUAGAAGAAGAAUAGUGAAAAAAAUCAAAUAGUGAAUGAAGAGUAAAAGAGUUAAAGUUGGUGUGGUUGAUAUGAUUUAAUCAUUUAAUAUGAUUUUUGUCGAAAAAGAAGUUUAUUACUCACAGUUGAGAAUGUAAAAGUGAAAUUGUUUAGUAUUAAAGAAGCUGAUUAUUGAUUUUAAUGCUGUAAUAUAGAAGAAAUAUAAUCUUUUGGUGCAUAAUCAUUUUUGUGACUAUAAAAAAUGAUGACGAAUUAUUUCGGAAUAAUUUUUGUUGCCAUCGUUCUUAUAAUGUCGUGCAUUUUAUACAAAACGAGCAGAACUUUUCGUUAUUAUCUCAAAUAUACCAUCAUUACUCUACAUAUAGGAAUAUUUACAGCUUUUUUAAUUCCAAUUUUUACAUUUCGACCAAGAAAUGUGAAAAACUUACGAUUACUAGCAAUGGUAAUAGCUCCUAUUACUAAAAUCAUCGGAGUUAAUUGGGAAUUAAGAGGAAGAGACAUGUUGGAACAAGACAGAACAUGUAUAAUAGUAGCAAAUCAUCAAAGUCUUUUAGAUUUUUUGGGAAUGUAUCAAAUAUGGCCAAUAAUGAAUAAAUGCACAGCUAUAGCGAAACGAGAGAUUUUCUAUUUGUGGCCAUGUGGUUUAGCUGCUUGGCUUGGUAGAUUGAUAUUUAUAGACAGGAUGAACUCGGAUUCAGCUCGAAUUGUUCUUAAUAACGCCACGGAUUAUAUUAAAGAAAACAAUAUCAAAUUAUGGAUAUAUCCAGAAGGAACUAGACGCAGUACUGGUACGAUACAUACGUUUAAGAAAGGUGCUUUUCACGUUGCUAUACGUGCUCAAUUACCAAUAAUACCUAUUGUCUUCUCUUCCUAUUAUUUCUUGUCCAAGAGGGAAAAGAAGUUCGAGUCUGGUCGAGUUAUUAUAAAAGCAUUGCCAGAAAUAUCAACGAAAGGGUUAACGGUUGACGAUGUUGAUAGUUUGUUGGAAAAAACACGAAACAUUAUGAUCGAUGCUUUUAAUGAAAUUAAUAGAGAAAUGCAAUCUUCAAAUAAUUCUAGUAGUUCUUAAAUCAAAGUAUCACAAAAAUAUCAUGUUAAUAUAAGUUAAAAUAAGUUAGAUAUUGUUAUGUGUAAUUGUAAUUAUAGCGGAUAAUGAAUGUCAGUAUUGUAAAAAUGCUGCGAUGCAUAAUGAUUAUUUUAUUCAAUAUUUUUAAAUUUAAUGAUAAAAUAAAAAGAUCAACAAUCAAA